AUGAAACUAGUAGAUUAUCUCGUACUCUCUACCACAAAAAGCCACUAUGUUUAGUUUUCGCGGCAAACUCGGGGUGGGUGAAACGGAGUUAAAAGCAGCAGUGAAUAUAAAAAAAAAAUACUCCCAUGCCGAGAAUCACUGCAUCAUGUUUGUGGAAAACUUAGAAAGAGGAUUUUAUCGCUUAGUAAAACAUGAUAGAUGCCUGCUACUGGUUAACUUUGACGUCGAUGCUAUUUGUGCCUGUAAAAUUUUGCAAUUACUUUUCAAGUAUGAUAACAUGAUAUAUACACUUGUACCUGUUCAAGGUGUUCAAGAUAUGAUUCGUGCUUUUGAAGAAAAUUGCGAAGAGGUAAAAAAUAUUAUUUUUAUAAAUUGCGGCGGUACACUAGACUUAGUAGAAUUAUUGCAACCAGCAGAAUCUGUGAUAUUUUAUAUCCUUGAUAGCCACAGGCCUUAUGACUUGUGUAACAUAUAUUCGGAGGAUCAAGUACGCAUACUUGGUAAACCUGAUGAAGAUGAUGAAAUUCCAGAGUAUAAUGAUGUAUUCAGAGAUGAUUCUUCUGAUGAAAACGAAACGGAUGAAGAAUCGUCAACUGAUAGAUCCCAGACAAAAAGGCGAAGGUUGAAUGAGGAAGAUAUUAUCAAAAGAGCUGGACGAAGAGAAUGGUCUGAAAAAAGGGCAACUAUUUUGUUCAACUAUACACAGUACAGCUACUACGGCAAAUCGAGUGCAAUGAUUAUGUUUGAAAUGGCAUGGAGUAUGACAAAGGACAAUUUGGACAUGAUUUGGUGGGCUAUAAUUGGUUCUACGGAACAAGCUAUUCUUGGUAAAGUAGAAUCAAGAUUGAGCGUUCUUGAAGAAGGUUUCCUUCAAGCUCAUGUAUCUAGAUUAACUCAUAAAAAGGGAGCUGAAGUUGAUAAGCAACAACAGCAACAAAGUGCAGUCAAAAUUACUUAUGAUAAAGAUCUCUUGCUUGUAUUAUAUCGUCAUUGGACUGUAGAAGAUAGCUUAAGACAUUCAGUACCAACAGCAGUAUCGUUACGACUUUGGUCUCUUAGAGGAGAACAACGGUUAAAGGGAUUGUUGGCAGACAUGGGUUUGCCUCUAGCACAAUCAAAACAACGAUUUUCAGCAAUGGAUCUUGCGCUUAGACAAGAAUUUAAACAAAUGGUUGAAAAAUUAGCAGGGAAAUAUAAAGUAGAUACUAUAAUUGGAACAAGCUUUACCCUCCAAUAUGGUUACAAAUUUAAAUACUGUGCUUCAGAUAUAGUUUAUGCUAUGCUCGCUUUAAUAGAAUCUUCUUCAAAAACGAAAUUACCGCAAGGCUGUUUUUUAGAUGCAUUGGACUGUUUAUCUCGUACAAAGAAAGACAUUUUAGAAAGUGGCAUAGAAAAAGCGAAACUUAUGCUUAAGACUGUUUUUAAGACUGCACAGACUAUAUUGCAAUUGAAAGAAAUUAGAAACACCGGCUCAUUUCUGUAUAUAAUUAUUCCAGAAGGAAGUGCUGACAAUUUUAUAUUCGCGCACCCAUACCCAUUAAUGAUGUUAGCACAGUUUACUCUAAAGGCUUAUGUAGACUCUUCAAAAAACAGGCGGGCACCGGAAUUGCCACUUGUAGCUUCUGCAGUGUACAAUGCAGAAGAGAGAAUAUGUAUAAUGAUUGGUAUACCACCAGUGUGUGAAGAUCAACCCAGAAGUAAUAAGACUGAAAAUUGAAGAAAGGCCAAAAUUUUUGGAUGCUCUCGCAUCUCUUUUAGCAUAAAAUUUUAGUGACUUAUUUAAUAUGUAAAAACAAGAACUUUUUCCUUCAUAUAUUUAUUUUUUUUUAAAUAGUACAAAAUAACGAUAAUGAAAUCUUUUUAAAAAUACGACGGGUUGAAUCAAAUAUAUUUUAUUUUUUGUGACAAAUUGCAAUUGACAAACGUAAGUUAAUAGUAUUUUCAUUUAUGUACGAAACAAUAAGAAAUUUAUUCAAUGAUGCACGGAAUAAAUUAAUGAUACACUAACGUAAAAUGAUAUGUAAUAAUUUUUAUAUAAAAACAGAAUUUGGAAAAAAAAGAACUACGAA